AAUUUUGCCAAAAACAAACAAAAACUUUUUGAGGAUGUAGGGGAAAGGGAGAGAACAGAGAAGUAAAGGGAAGGAUGGAUUGUUACCAUUAAAUCUCUACCAAUGUUCCUAAAUCCAAAUACCAAUGUAGCUGAUAUAAACUCUGUUCCCUGAUUGAUAAUAAAAACAAUGUGUUUCCUUUGGACUCAGUUGUCCAAAAGCAAUGAGUACUCUUCCUGUCACCCUUGUUCUAAUAAAUUAUCCAUCCUAUUUCUCCUAUUAGCCCGUGAGAUUUGAACUUAGAGUUAGCAAAGUAGUUUUUGUGAGGUACAAAAGAACACCAGGUCUUUAUCACACCAGGCCUAAACCAAAAGCUGGCCUACCAUUCAGCCUCUGUCUGUAUUGUGCUGCUGCUAUGUCACUGCUGAGAACAUCAUGCUAUUGACAAUACAGUACCUGAAGGAAACACUGGCCCACUGAGCUAUUCAAGUGAAAUCUGGACUUGGGACUUUUGCCAGCUUACUCAGUAGAAGGUUGGAGCCUGUUUUAUUUGGUCAAAUCCUUGUAAAUAGGUUUGAGUAGAUUGGGAAGCACAGACUGGGAAGGAGGGUUGUUGUUUGUUUGGCUGCCAACUUUUGUUUCAGCAUUUUAUUGCCACAAUGCCUUUUCAACGUGUUGGCACUCAAUGACCUUUCUGUUUUGCUCUCAUCUCACUGAAACUCAACAGCUAAACUUUGAUAGGUCACAGUCCAGUUACGGUUUGUAGGGAGUGCACGAUUGUGUUGACAAGGUUCCCAUGAAUGUGGCUCCCUGGGACAAUGUCUCUUUCUUCACCAGACUGUUGGUCAGUAUCUGGUCAGUCUCAUCUAUUUAAAAUCAGCCAAGCAGCAAUCCUAGAGCUGGGAGAGGACUCUUUUGUUUGCUUGGUGAAGUAAAGAAAUAAAGUCUCCCCACUGAACUACUAUGAGGUCAGAAGCCUUGCUGCUAUAUUUCACACUGCUACACUUUGCUGGGGCUGGUUUCCCAGAAGAUUCUGAGCCAAUCAGUAUUUCACAUGGCAACUAUACAAAACAGUAUCCGGUGUUUGUGGGCCACAAGCCAGGACGGAACGCCACACAAAGGCACAGACUGGACAUCCAGAUGAUUGUGAUAAUGAAUAGAACCCUCUACAUUGCUGCCAGGGACCAUAUUUAUUCUGUUGACAUAGACACAUCAAACACAGAAGAAAUUUAUUGUAGCAAAAAACUGACAUGGAAAUCUAGACAGGCUGAUGUAGACACAUGCAGAAUGAAGGGAAAACAUAAGGAUGAAUGUCACAACUUUAUUAAAGUCCUUCUAAAGAAAAAUGAUGAUACACUGUUCGUCUGUGGAACCAAUGCCUUCAACCCCUCUUGCAGAAACUAUAAGAUGGAUACUCUUGACUCCCUUGGUGAUGAGUUCAGUGGAAUGGCAAGGUGCCCCUACGAUGCCAAACACGCCAAUGUCGCCCUGUUUGCAGAUGGAAAACUGUAUUCUGCCACAGUGACUGACUUCCUUGCAAUAGAUGCAGUCAUUUAUCGGAGCCUUGGAGACAGCCCAACCCUGAGAACAGUCAAACAUGACUCAAAAUGGUUGAAAGAACCAUAUUUUGUUCAAGCAGUGGAUUAUGGUGACUAUAUCUACUUCUUCUUUAGGGAAAUUGCUGUGGAAUACAACAGCAUGGGGAAGGUAGUUUUCCCAAGAGUCGCUCAGGUUUGCAAGAAUGACAUGGGAGGAUCACAAAGAGUCCUGGAAAAACAGUGGACUUCCUUUCUCAAGGCUCGUUUAAACUGCUCAGUUCCUGGUGAUUCACAUUUUUAUUUCAACAUACUGCAGGCAGUUACAGAUGUUAUCCAUAUUAAUGGCCGUGAUGUUGUCCUAGCAACCUUUUCCACACCUUAUAACAGCAUUCCUGGGUCUGCAGUCUGUGCCUAUGACAUGGUUGACAUUGCCAAUGUUUUCACUGGGAGGUUCAAAGAACAGAAAUCUCCAGAUUCCACGUGGACACCAGUUCCUGAUGAACGGGUUCCCAAACCCAGACCAGGUUGCUGUGCUGGUUCAGCAUCUUUAGAAAAAUAUGGAAGCUCCAAUGAGUUUCCUGAUGAUACACUAAACUUCAUAAAGACACAUCCUCUUAUGGAUGAAGCAGUACCUUCAAUUGUCAAUAGACCAUGGUUUUUGAGAACUAUGGUGAGAUACCGCCUGACCAAAAUUGCUGUAGAUACUGCUGCUGGGCCACAUCAGAACCACACUGUGGUUUUCCUGGGAUCAGAGAAAGGAAUCAUCUUGAAGUUCUUGGCUAGGACAGGAAAUAAUGGUUUCCUAAAUGAUAGCCUUUUCCUGGAGGAGAUGAACAUUUACAACCCUGAAAAGUGCAGUUAUGAUGGGAUAGAAGACAAGAGGAUUAUGGGCAUGCAGCUGGACAAAGCAAGUAGUUCUCUAUUUGUUGCCUUCUCUACUUGUGUGAUAAAAGUUCCACUUGGCCGGUGUGAGCGCCAUGGAAAGUGCAAAAAAACCUGUAUUGCCUCAAGAGAUCCAUACUGUGGAUGGAUGAAGGAAGGAAGUUCAUGCACACAUCUGUCAUCCCAUACCAAACUGGCAUUUGAACAGGACAUAGAACACGGCAAUACAGAUGGCCUGGGUGACUGCCAAAAUUCCUUUGUGGCACUGAAUGACAUUUCAACUCCUUCACCAGCUCAUGAAAUGUCUUACCACACAGUGCAUGGGCACUCCAGUUCCCUCUUCCCCAGCACGACCACUUCAGAUACGACGGGUCAAGAGGGUUAUGAGUCUGGGGGACACAUGCAGGAUUGGAAGGAUCUGCUUGGUUCAUCUGACAGCACAGAUCCCUUUGGGGCAGUCUCAUCCCAUAAUCACCAAGAAAAGAAGGGUGUGAUUCGGGAAAGUUAUCUCAAAGGCCACGAUCAGCUUGUUCCUGUCACUCUCUUGGCCAUUGCAGUCAUCCUGGCUUUUGUCAUGGGGGCCGUCUUCUCGGGCAUCAUUGUCUAUUGCAUAUGCGAUCACCGCCGCAAGGACGUGUCUGUCACACAGAGGAAGGAGAAGGAGCUGGUGCACUCCCGCCGGGGUUCCAUGAGCAGUGUCACCAAGCUCAGCGGGCUCUUUGGGGAUUCCCAGUCUAAAGAUCCUAAGCCAGAAGCCAUCCUCACUCCGCUGAUGCACAAUGGCAAACUUGCGACUCCCAGCAAUACCGCCAAGAUACUCAUCAAGGCUGACCAGCAUCAUCUAGACCUGGCCGCCCUGCCCACUCCAGAGUCCACCCCAACCCUCCAACAGAAGCGGAAGCCCAGUCGGGGGAGCCGGGAGUGGGAGAGGAAUCAAAAUCUCAUUAAUGCCUGUACAAAAGACAUGCCCCCAAUGUCCUCCCCUGUGAUCCCCACUGAGCUUCCCCUGCGGGCUUCCCCAAGUCACAUCCCCAGUGUCGUGGUCCUGCCUAUCACUCAGCAGGGCUAUCAGCACGAGUACGUGGACCAGCCGAAAAUGAGUGAUAUGACACAGAUGUCCCUGGAAGACCAGGCUGCUACCCUUGAGUACAAGACCAUCAAGGAACAUCUUAGCAGCAAGAGCCCUAACCACGGGGUCAAUCUGGUUGAGAACCUGGAUAGCCUGCCUCCCAAGGUCCCCCAGAGGGAGGCUUCCCUGGGACCUCCAGGGUCCUCCCUAUCUCAGAAUGGCCUGGGCAAACGACUGGAAAUGCAUUCCUCCUCCUACGCCGUUGACUAUAAGAGGAGCUAUCCCACAAACUCUCUAACAAGGAGCCACCAAGCAGCCACCCUCAAAAGAAACAAUACUAACUCUUCUAAUUCCUCCCACCUUUCUAGAAAUCAGAGCUUUGGCAGGGGAGACAACCCACCCCCUGCCCCUCAGAGGGUGGACUCCAUACAGGUGCACGGCGCCCCACCCACCCAAGCAGUGACUGUUUCAAGGCAACCCAGCCUCAACCCUUACAACUCACUGACACGGUCGGGGCUGAAGCGCACACCCUCACUAAAACCAGAUGUACCUCCCAAACCUUCUUUUGCCCCCCUUUCCACAUCCAUGAAACCUAAUGACGCAUGUACAUAAUCCCAGUGGAAGGGGGAUAGGUGGUAAACCAACAGUGAAGCGAAAUUGGCCCCUCUCAGCCAAUGUUCUAAACUGCCUCAAAAGUUCCAAUCUUACCAAGAAGGCUGCAGUGUUGCUGAGGAGACAGUCCUUUUCUUUGGGAUAAAGUGGAAAACUUUCUAUAAUUGGGCCAUGUGUUUCGGUGAAGGUUUACAACCACAGGACUCACCCCUCAUCCUCCCCUGCCCCUUCCACUUGAUAACAGCUCUGACUCACAAAAGACUUAACAUCACAAACAUGAGCCAAAAGCACAUACACACACACAAAAACACGGACACACACACACACACACACAGAGGUGAACAGCGACUGCAACAUUUCGCCCAUGACUGCAUUGGAUGUUGCUGGACUGGCCCAGCAUUCUGUCCUUUGCAACAGAAGUCCAUAAAGAGGAAUCAUGAAAGAAAAAAAAAAGACAAAAAAAAGUAAAGAAUUCAUUGAUAAAUCUAACUCAGACUUUAACAAUGGCAGAAGUUUACUAUGUGCAGAUACUGUGAAAUGCCCAUCAGUGUUACAGCCUCCUAUUCAUUGCCAUGUUGGGCUAUUAUGUCAUAGAUUUCUGCUACUCUUCUCUUUUAAUGAAUAACGUGACCGUUAACGCAAAUAACUCCUAUUAUUUAUUGUUCACCUUUUCUUUUCUUAAAGAAAUGACUUUUUUCACAUAUCAUCCUAAGAACAGCUCUUCAGAAAGCCCAUUGAAAAUUAUACUAUUUAACAUGAAUUCCAUUAACUGGAGUAAUUAAGUUCACUUUAUUUUUCCAAUAAAUUCACUGAGUAAAUAA